AUGACAAAACAUUUCACAGUCGAAAAUACCGUUGAAAGUGCCCUUGAAGGUUUAGCCCUUUCAAACCCAAGUUUGACAUAUGUCAAAGAAGACAAAGUCAUCUUUAGAGAUCAAGACAAGAGUAAAGUCGCUUUAAUCUCAGGUGGUGGUGCUGGUCAUGAACCAACUCAUGCUGGCUUUGUUGGUAAAGGUGGGUUAACCGGUGCUGUUUCUGGUCCAAUCUUUGCCUCUCCAAGUACUAAACAAAUCUUGAACGGUAUCAAACUUGUUGGUCAAGAUAAACCAGGUGUUUUAUUAAUUGUUAAAAACUAUACUGGUGAUGUUUUACAUUUUGGUCUUGCAGGUGAAAGAGCUCGUGCUUUAGGUUACAAUGUUGAAGUCUUUGUCAUUGGUGAAGAUGUUUCAGUUGGUCGUUCAAAAGGUGGAUUAGUUGGUAGAAGAGCCCUUGCAGGUACUCCAAUCAUUCAUAAAUCAUUAGGUGCAUAUGUUGAAAACUAUAAACAUACAUUAAAAGAUGCUGUUAAAUUAGCCACUGCUCUUAAUGAUAACUUGGUUUCAAUUGGUGCUUCAUUAAAUCAUGCUAAAGUUCCAGGUCAAGAAUUUGAAUCUUCAUUAAAAGAUGAUGAAAUGGAAUUAGGUAUGGGUAUUCAUAAUGAACCAGGUGUUAAAACUUUAAAACCAGUUCCAUCAGUUGAAGAAUUGAUAAAAACUCAAAUGUUACCAAAAUUAUUAGAUCAAAGUGAUAAAGAUCGUGCAUUUGUUAAUUUUGAAAAAGGUGAUGAAGUUGUUCUUUUAAUCAACAACUUGGGUGGUGUUGCUAACUUGGUCUUACAAGCCAUCACUAAAGUUGCUGCUGAUUUAUUGAAAUCUGAAUAUGAUAUUACUCCAUCUCGUGUUUAUGCUGGUACUUUAAUUUCUGCCUUAGAUGGUGAAGGUUUCAGUAUUACAUUAUUGAACGUUACUAAAGCUAACAAAUCUGCUCCAUCAGAAGUUAAAUCAGUUGUUGAUUUAUUAGAUGCUGAAACUGAAGCUGCAGGAUGGCCAGCAAAGAGAGUUGAAACUAAAGCUCCAACUUAUGAUCCAGAAUUAAUUAAAGAAAGUGAUGAUAGUACUCAACAAGCUGGUACCUAUGAUUUCGAUCAUUUCUCUAAAGUCUUAAAAGCUGGUACUGAAACUUUAAUUAAAGCUGAACCAGAAAUCACAAGAUUAGAUACUAAAGUUGGUGAUGGUGAUUGUGGUACUACAUUAGUUGCAGGUGCUGAAGGUAUAGUGAAGAAUUUAGAUAAAUUACCAAAACAUUCAUUAGCUGCUACAUUCCAUAAAUUAUCAAAUUUAUUAGAGGAAUUAUGUGGUGGUACUAUGGGUGCAUUAUUAUCAAUUUAUUUCUCAGGUUUAAGUCAAGGUGUUGAAAAAAAUUCAUCAAAAGGUACACCAGUUGAUCCAACUACUUUUGGUAAAGCUUUACAAGACGCUUUAGACACAUUAUAUAAAUAUACCAAUGCUAGACCAGGUGAUUCAACAAUCAUUGAUGCAUUAGAACCAUUUGUUAAAGAAUUUGUCAAAUCAAGUGAUUUCAGUAAAGCCGUUGCAGCUGCUGAUAAAGGUGCUCAAGCUACUGGUUCAUCAGAAGCUAAAUUUGGUCGUGCUUCAUAUGUUGGUGACAGUAGUGAUAUUCCAGAUCCAGGUGCUAUUGGUUUAGUUGAAUUCUUGAAAGGUAUUGAAUCUGCAUUUUAA